AUGGCAUCUAACACCAUCCCAGGGGAUAAGGAGGAGGCCGAAUUACCGUCCAGGAGGGCGUACGCAGAGUUCAGCAGAAAUAUGAGUCCGGGUAGUUGUACGAAGAGAGGAAGUAUGGCGCAUACAUUGGAACCCUAUUCUUAUAUGAGCAUAUAUAAGGAAAGAAUUAUAAAUACACUUUGCUAUGUAAUGACGGUGCAGGAGAAUGAUGCGUCAUCUUUUUAUAGUGAUCGUUGCGAAUUUGCAUAUUAUUAUUUAGGUGAUGCUAUGGAGAAAACGGGAAUUAAUAUAUCCUAUUUUCGGAAUGCUAUCUCCGUCAUUCAUUACUUAUUGAAAGAAUCGGGCAACAAUCUUAAUUGUAGAAAUAUAUACCAGAAUAUUAAUGAGGAUGUAUUCAAAUAUGGUAAGAUCAUUUUUGAUUUGUCCAUCGACUACGACACAUUGAGCAGUCAAUUGCAGAAGAGUGCCAAUAAAUGCAGGGGGAAAUAUUAUGAAUAUUUGAAGUCAGUUGACGAUGCAUUCAAGUAUAUAAAGAUCAUUUGUAGUGAUAAUAGGGAUGCAUAUUGUACCUAUAUUAACGGAAUAAAGAAGAAGUACGAAGAUGACGAAGACGACGAGUCCUCUAAAUUAGAGUAUAGUGAAGCAACUGUAACGGACCUAGCAGGAAAUUCACCAUCAGCAGCAACUGCCGUAACCGUAACGAUGAAGGAUUUGAGUCAAUUACCUUCACGUUCGACAUAUAAGAAUUUAAAUAUCAUGUGGAAUACUUACAGUGGUCAAGAUUCUUUGAUUAGCAUAAAGGAGGGAUUAAGAACUAUAAUGGAGCAAUAUCUGAACAGUACAAAAUGCUUGAACCGCAUUUUAGGUACUUGGUAUUAUGUGAAUGCAGGAAUGAAUAGUGGGGAAACUUCCUCCUAUGCACAACGUUGUGAAUAUUUUUAUUAUUGGUUAGGAAUAUUAAUAUCUAAGCAACUAAAAACGGGCACCAUCUUCUCGACUGUCUUGAAUGCAAUGUACCAGGAAUUAGACAAAUUAGAGGGUAGUAAAAAAACAUGCCCCAAAAUAACAACGGCAAUUGCUUUUGACAAGACCCUAUUUAAAAAAAGUAAAGUAAUAUUCGACUUUUUAAAUGACUAUAAUUCCAUGAAACAACAGGGCCUGGGGAAUAAGGAGACCCGCUGUUCCAAGGCAUAUUCUGACUACUUAGAUGAUGUUCAAAAUUAUUAUGGGGCAAUAGAAAGUAGUUGUACACUUGAACAGAAUAGUAAUGACCCCUGUUGUAAAUUGGUAAGUGGAAAAGUCGGGACUAUGCAGAAACCUACUUCCCCGGAAAUAGCACAACUAACAUGUAGAAAAAUAGAAGUGGCGUCAGAGGAAGGACGGGAGGUGGAAGAAACUACUGACUGUUUAGGUGAUGAUAAUGAACUCUCAGUAGGUCCCUCCCCCUCUAGUGGAAGUGCCACCACCUCCAUUCCUGCUACUGUUGGUGGUACCAUUGCCACGAUCGGAUUACCAACCAUCGGUUUCUUUUUAUACAAAUAUACUGAUGUAUUUGAUGGAAUAAAAAAAUCCCUCUUUGGUGGCAGUAAUAAUACAGGAGGAAGGAAUAGGGGAAGAAGAUCUACUGUUCGACAUCAACACUUUGACGACACUUUCACAGGGAAUGAUUCUUCUACACUAGGAGAUGACGGUUCCACCACCCUAGGUGGUGGUGGUGGUGGUUCGUCCACCUUAGGUGGUAGCUCCACCGAUAUUUCUACCAUAUAUGAUGAUGAUGGACGACGUCGACCAUCAACCGGAAGAAGGGAAAGGGCCGGAACAAAUAAUAGAAGACCAGGAAAUAUACGUUACUAUGCUACGUAA